AUGGCCGAAUCUAGUGAUAAUCUUCAAGCUCCGCCUAAAUAUCCUUCUAAUGAUCCACAAUGGAAAUAUGUUUGGAUGGUUAAGGAUGAUUGUAGAAAUGAUUUAAAGUGCAAAUUUUGUGGGACUAUUACAAAAGGGGGCAUUAGUCGUGCCAAGUAUCAUAUUGCCGGAGGUAGUACUAGUGUGAAGGUUUGUACUAAAGCUCCGCAUUGGGUAGUGGAAGAAAUAAAAAGCUACAAGUUGAAUAAAGCGGCAAUGUUCAAUGUCAAUGACAAUGACUAUGGACUCGCAAAAGAGGCCGAGGCAAACGGGCCGAUGGAUAUGUAUUUGACCGCGGACAAGGGAAAACAAACAACCAUUAAUGAGGCAUGGAAAAAGGAGUUUAGAGUGAAAGUAUGCAUGGCCAUUUUCGAGUGGAUGUAUGAUGUAGCCAUCCCUUUCGAUGCUCUUACUUAUCCAAGCUUCCAAAACAUGUUAAAUCAUAUUGGCCAAUAUGGUUUUGGUCUUCAAGGACCUAGUAUGUAUGAAGCGAGGGUGCCUUUCCUUAGUAAAGCGGUGCAAAGAACUUUGAUCAAUUUCUUGUUGAAUUCUCCUAGAGGUACGGUUUUUCUUGAGUCCGUUGAUGCUUCCUCAUAUGUGAAGACGGGAAGGAAGAUGUUUGAGCUUAUUGAUAAAUUUGUGGAGCGUAUUGGUGAAUCAAAUGUUAUCCAAGUUGUUACGGAUAAUGCUAGUGCAAUGGUGCUUGUCGGAAAAUUGCUACAAGACAAAAGGCCUCAUUUGUUUUGGACUCCAUGUGCGGCGCAUUGUGUGGAUUUGAUUUUGGAGGAUAUAGGCAAGUUGCCUUAUAUCAAAGACACAUUGAAGAAGGCAAUGAGUGUGAAUGCCUAUAUUUAUGUCCGUCUGGGUGUGGUGAAUAUGUUGAGACAUUUCACCGGAGAGAAGGAACUUGUUCGAGCCGGUGUCACAAGGUUUACUACGGCCUUUCUCACACUUGAAAGAAUGCAAAUAUUGAAAGAGAAAUUGAGAGACAUGUUCCGGUCAAGACAAUGGGAAGAUAGUCAAUGGAAGAAAGAAGCCGGGAAAAAAGGCCCGCAAUGGGCUACAUUUAUGCUUAUUCUUCCCAAGUAG